UUUGUCAAUUCGAGUUCAGUUCCGUCCGGGUGAGCAUCUGCAAAAAGAAGGCCUCCGCGAGUGAUUUCGAAACAAUAACGAAAACCAUAGUACGAGGAUACGUGUGCAGUAUCCUUUCGACGUUUGUUCGUUUCCGUCCAGCAGUGUCCAGUGACCAGAUAAAACGCAGACAAACAGCAACAGUAUGAAGUUCGUUAUCGGUGUGUUAAGUCUGUGCGCGUUCGUCGCCGCACAGGAUAAUUUCAAGGAGUGUCUGGACAAGGAUUCGAUCUCCUGCAUGCAGAUGAUGUUUUACCGCAAGGCGCGAGACUUCUUCGACCAGCCCCAGAUUGGCGUCGCCGGGGGACUCUCGUUCGUGAAGGCCGCCGGUCGUGAAUCACGCUCGUUCAACGCCGACAGUGCCGUGGUGGAGUCCGCCAACGACGUGGAAACACGCGAGGAAGCGCUGGAAAACUAUGUGUUCGAACGGACGAAAAACUUCUUCCAGGAACGUUCGUUGAACCUGGACAUGGCUAGCGCCGCCCGUGGCCUAUCGACCGUCAUUCCUGACGACGUCAAGUCGUCGAUGCGUGCCCUCGUCUCGGAGGCCCGUGGCAAGAAGAAGAUCCUGAAGUCGCUGCUGCCCAUUCUCGGUCUCGUCAAGCUGAAGGUCGUCGGUUUGGCUAUCCUGGCCCUGGUCGGUAUCGCCCUGAUCGCCAAGAAGGCCCUGAUCGUGUCCGUGAUAGCUCUGAUCCUGUCGAAGUUCCUGUUCCUGAAGAAGUUGCUGUCCGGCAAGAAGGAGGAAUCGCACGCCUACCACGCUUCGUCCGGAGGCUGGGGUGAAUCCAGUGGAUACGGCGAUUACGGUUCCCACAGCCAACCUGCCCACUCUAUCGCAUACGCUGGCCACAAGCCGGUCCGGAAAUAAGUCACCCCACAGCUGGCCACCGGUAGCGGCCAUCCCGCCAUCGAGAAAUCCCAUUCACCCGCGAAAAAUCACGCCGGAAAAGCAAAGAGAACGAGACAAAUUAAUUUAUGAAAUUAUUUAUUACCAAGAAUUUGUUUGAGCGAUUAAUUUAUUGUUAGCGUUAUGAGACCUCUUCUCAAUAUGUUGAGAUUUUUUUUUGUUGUUUCUUUUGUUUUCUUGUCUAGGAUCUUUUUCUCUUGUCUUUUCAACACUUCAUCAUCUGCAUUCGGACUUAUAUCACUACUGGACGGUUUCUCGUUUUUUAGAGGAACCCGCCCCCAAAUCUACGUCUACUUUUUACACAUUCUAGUCUAUAUUUUAUCUACCAAGGCUGAUUAAGGUAAUUUGAUCAGUGUCAGAUGAACUGAAAAUAGAAAUAAUUUUACUACUUAACGAGCCCAUCUAUCCCGGACUUUUUCACAACCUAGUCCACACUCACGCCGAUUAUGUUUUCUGCUUAAAUUUCCCGUUGCUCUCAUUACACUUUUCCGCAAUUCAUCGGCGUGGCGCAACUUUUUUUUCCCGCUAUCUAUACUUUCCCCGUCACUAAUCCUAUCUCGAUCUAAAUCUUUUACACGCUCCCACCGGAGCUAUCCUUUACAUCAGCUAUCCAUUUCACCGCCGCUGGCAUCCGUAGGAUUUGCAAGCAAAGCUUUCGCUAAUGGCUUAAUUCUUCUCCCUAAUCAGUCUCAGGCGGCUCUAGAAAAGUGUGUGUAGGUAGUGUUUUUCUUCUCCGGAACAAUCUUCCCAAAAUAGCGCCACUUUCGCUAGCAGCAACGUCUCAUUUUCACUCUGCGACUUUGUUUAUUUUUUCUCCACUUCAAUUGACACAUUCCUCACAUAUAAUCACUCACAAACACGCACUCGGUGAUUGUUGUUUCACACAUCUAACACUUUGUUUUCGCUCCACUCGAGAAAAAGGAAAUAAAAACGAAAAUAAGCGUAGAAUACUUAUGAAAAUCACGUGUAAAUAAAAUAGAAAGAAAUAAUAAUAAAAUAAAAAUAAUACAAGAAAUAAUUUGCA